UUUAAGUUGUGACGUGACGACAAAACAGGUGGCACAAAUUGCACGUAUAUUUACUGUAUUUUAUUUUAUUUAAAAGCGAAAAGUAUAUUCUGUACUUGAAGAAAAUUAUUUAUUAACAUAAACACUUCUGUACUUUGUUUAAUUCAUAGUAAUUCAUAAUUGCUAAUCAAGCCUUCCACAAAACUUACGGGAUAAUACUCACCACAAACGGUUCGAAAGUCCAGUCGUCAAAAUUGAGGAUUUAGUUAAAAUUCUAUUUUCAGCUAUGAAACCAAUCACCAAUAACAGGACGACGUCAGAAGUUGUCGAUCUUAGUCGAACAAAUCGACACAAUAUGACGUUGCGGUCGAGAGAGGGGAGCAGUUAUGUAUCUUUUAGCUCGGAAAAAGCACGACGACACAACUCUGACGCCAUGACGAAAGCCUUACAGAAUCCGUUGAUUCUCGACAUUAUAUUCGCCCAACUUAAUCUCAAUGACUUGAAGUCAUCCCGCCUCGUCUGCCGCGACUGGGCCGACGUCGGUGCCCCUCUCCUCGUAAAACGGUCCCGUCUCCUCGCCAACUUUCUUUACCGUGUCGAAAACUCUAAGUUACGCCAGGGGAUCGUGACCCCCCUGAGUGACGAGCUCCUCCGCCAUCUCGUCAUCUCCGAUAAAUUCGACCCGUCCGUCCCGAAAGGGAAACAGGCCUCCGUGAUCACCAAAGUGUUCACCGACGUUGCCAACGUGUCCCGCUCCACUCGCCAAGUUACGCUUUCCGUCACCCAGCCGAAACUUGUCCUCGCCUUUUUCAAAGGGAUACGAUCCCUCAAGUCGACAAACAUCCAGCACGUGUCCAUAACUUCGGUCGACAUCGCCGCCAAACGCGCCAUCGUGGACAACAUUCCGAGCUUUCUGACACGUCUCAAACUCCCAUUUCAAGCUGGUUUGACCUCUCUGCAGUUCAAAGUUUUUGGAUACAUUGGCGGAAUAAAGUAUGCCUUGCACGCGUUUGAGCCCCUGUUCCAAACUUUGAUCGACUCCGCACCGAAUCUGGCCAGGCUGGACGUUUCUGGAGCCUUCUAUCCGAAUUUGGAGGCGUGCAAGAACCUCAAAGUGCUAAAAUUUGUGUUCGAAAAGUGUGCCCAUGACACGUGUCAGGUCAGGUUGACCGGUGUGACGAGAAUGCUGACUCAGGUUAAGGAUUCCGUGGUCGAGCUGGACUUGGCCUACAGAGCUGCUAAAGCUGAAAGGAUACAGAGGGUACGGAACAAUGCUGAUCACAUGAUGUCGAAACUCGUCACGCUCAAUAUCCACGGCGCAUUUGCGUACCCUAUUAGCAACUUUUUUGACGAGGUCCACCUCCCCCAACUGAAAAACGUCUCGUUCAACGAACAGAUUAAGGGGUGCGAGCUGCGCGCCUUUCUGAAGUUGUGGGGGCCACACGAAGGUGUUCAAUCUCUCUCGGUAAAUUUGGGUUAUCGCUGGAUGAAGGACCGCUUUGCGAAGAAAAUGGUGCGAAAGUUCCCAUCCGUCAAGAAAUUCGAGUUAUCAACGGACCUCUGCAAGAAUAAGUACGUCCCCCAGCUGAACGAAAUGAUGGAGCCGUUCAAAACGUGGGAUUUGGAGGAGUCCAACGUGGUCAUAAACUUGGUGGAUGAAUGUUCCGUUUUGGUCGCGGUGCUGAAAAAUAUGGCGGUUUGGAAAGGUGCUAAAAACGUCCACUUUGAGGAGGUUGGGUUACGUGAGGACGAUUUGUCUGGUUCAAUUCAAGACGUAAUCGCGCAUGGGAGAGGAUUUAAGAGUGUGGAAAUCUCGGGGGUUGAGGAUCCGGCAAUCGUGGAGAAAAUGCAAGCCAUCUUUAAAGAGAGUGGUGCCCCAAUUCAUUUCAUGGAAAGCUACUAAAUUAGUUAAUUAUGUAGUAUAGUUAUCAAAUUAAGGAAGUUAAUAAUUAAUUUUGGAGUAGCACUUAGGUUUAAAUUGAAGGAAAUGUAUGUGCAGACGCGUAAAAUUAGUUUCCAGAUUUCAGAUAACGUCGUCAUUAAUAGUUUGUAUUUUUAUACCUUGAUAGCUUCUUUACUACGUAUGCUCAACUUUCGAGCGUUAUCGUGAGUCGAUUUCGAUUCAAAAUUUUCCUCACGUUAAACCUGUUGAAUUCAAUUUCUAAUAAAAUUAGGAAUAUUUAUGAUAUGUAUUAAAUAAUUUUAAUAUUAAAUUAAAUGUAUUCCAUACGUAUCUAUUUAUCUGCAUAGGUUAAUCAAAUUGUAAAAGUGAGAAUAGCCAAUAUAAUGUCAUGUUUUAUUAAAUUGUUUUUUAAUGUUAUUAGAAUAUCUGAAAAUACUCAACAAUUUUAUUUUAAAUAGAAUAAGCGAACAAAUAAUAUUUAAAUCUUUGAGCUCAGAAUUUCCAGUAAAUUUCAGAAACUUUAUAGACAAAUAAAAAUUUAUAAUGUUGUAUUUCCGGGUACGAGAGACAAUCGGUACGGUAACACGCGACCGGGUAAAUAUUACCUAUAUUCACCGUGCAUUUGAACUAAAUUAUCGUAUUAAAUGUAUGCAUCCAUAAAAUAUGAAUUUACUAAAGCGUGGGAAAUCUACAAUUUUCCUACCUUACUUAGAGUAACCCUCAUUAACUAAUAUGAGUCUGGAUAUGUAUGUAAAUAUGCUGCUAGCAAAUGCGAUUACGUUAAUGGAAAUACACAGUUCACUAUAUACAUAUUUAUUCACAAAACUUAUGAUUUGUUUAACACUCGAAUAUGCAGCAUGUAGCAAAUAUGUAGAGGUAAUGUAGAGGUAUUAUGUAGUAAAUAUGUGUAGGUUUAAACUAGAGAUCAUUAGCAAUAAAGAUCUUGACCACUUGUUCA